GGCGACUCCCGCAAGCCUAAACCCCUCCUCACGAUGCAAUCGUCGAUGACAAGCGACCGGCCUCCCCUCUUCAUUCGUUCUGCGUGAUCUUCCCUGGUUGUCACCGCAGCAUGCCGCCCACCGAUGUCUUUCCGACACUGCACUGCUGCGCAAAGCUUGCGAAGAACCAGUGUCUUCAUGAUGUCAAAUUCUACCCAUAUGCCACGACGGACAACGAUCAGAUCUUUGCCGUCGUAGGCGGAAGAGACGUUUUCGUUUGCCGCCCAACAUUGAGCGGCGACCAGCCUUACGAAUUAUUGAGGUGGUUCAAAGACGAAGAUGUCGACUCCUCCGUCAACAGCGUCGUCUGGACAAAAGACUCGAUCACGCACAAGCCACUGCUAUGCAUCGCUGGAGAAAAGCCGAAGCAGAUCCGCAUAUUAGACAUUGAAUCCGGCGAAGCAGUCCGUUCCAUUCCAGGCCAUGGAAAAGGCAUCAACGACCUUGCCAUUUCUCCCCUCUCCACUGACCUGCUGGCUUCAUGCUCGGAAGACUACACCAUCCGGUUAUGGAACCUGCAUCCAAAGUAUCAAGACCAACCAUGUGUGGCCAUGUUCUGUGGCGAGGGCCACAGGCAACCCAUCCUCGCCUUGCGUCUUCACCCAAACGGACGAUGGAUGCUAUCGGGUGGUCUGGACACGGCCGUGUGUCUCUGGGCAGUUCCCUCGUUAGAAGAACUCGAGAGGUCCAAUGACGACUCCAACGAACGCAAGGAGCCCAAAAUCAUCUACUACCCGCACUUCCACUCUACCGAAGUCCACCACAACUACGUCGACUGCGUGCAAUUCUACGGCGACCUGAUUAUCUCCAAGGCCUCGCGCGUCCAAAACGACAAGCAAAGCAACGAGAUCCUCCUCUGGAAAAUCGACGGCUUCGAUCCGAAUGAACCCCCUCCCUCCGCACCUCCCAUCCCCUCCCCAGACGUCCACACUCGCUCCUCCUUUCCCCACUCCUCGCGAUCCACAGGCUUCCAGCGUCUCCUAACCUUCUCAAUGCCACAUUCGGAUCGCUUCUACUUCCGCUUUGGCCUGCUGCAUACGCCCGCGAUGCGCCCCAUCCUCUGCAUGGGCAAUCAGGAAUCUAAGUACUUCUUCUGGGAUUUGCAGAAAUUGGAGGAGGGGUGGGAUAUUGGAGAGGAGAAGCCGAAGAAGCGCCGCCGCAAGCCGAAGAGCGGAGUGAGCUCGGAGAAUUUGAGUCGGUUGGAUGACUUGAGAGGUGGUGUAAAGGUGGAGAGCUUUGCAAGCAGUGAUGGGGCCGGGGGUGCUACGCGUGAGUGGGCGAUGUCCUCUUCCAUCCCAAGUGCGAUGCUAAUGUGCGUUUCAGCCAUGCCUUCCUCGACUUCCAACUCUGGUGCCCCGGAGCGAAAGUACGCGCUAAGCGAUCCUUUCUUGCCGCUCAAACCACAUCACACCAUCACUCCCAAGACGAAUCUCUCAUCGAGGCAGCACUUCGCCACUUCACAAAUGGCGUGGAGCCCUGAUGGAACGUGGCUGGUUGGCGUGGGGGAUUUCGGCAUGAUGUGCAUCUUCCACCGAGAUGCAAGUGUCGUCAAUGGCGUUCCGAAAGCGGUUGAGAGCUUUGCAUUGAAGGACUGAUAUGUCUUUCAUGCAGCGAGAGAUUUGUCGAGACUGCUUUGAAAGGCGGCGGUCGUUGCUGCGUCGGCGAUGUUC